AAGGGAAAGCUGCAAACACAGGUGAUAUUAGUGUAAAACGUGCAAUGCGUCCGUAUCUAAGCUUCAGUACGGAUAAAUAUGGAUGGAUGCCAUAACUGUUCUGUGCAUAAACCGAAGAAGAAAACAAUGACAAUGGAAGUGAAGAUCAUUUCCGAAGAGCUCAUCAAGCCCUCGUCAUCAACCCCGCAACACCUCCGGACCUUCAAGCUUUCCCUUCUAGGUCAGCUCGUUCUCGAGCCUUACGUUGCAGCAACCCUCUUCUACUCUUCCAAUUCCAAAGAGGGCUCUUGCUUAGAUGUCCGGGUGAAAAUAGAUCUUUUGAAAAAGUCCCUCUCCCAGACCUUGUCUCGGUUCUACCCUCUGGCAGGGAAGAUACGGGAUGACUUCACCGUCGAAUGUGAUGAUGGUGGAGCCCGUUUCGUUGAGGUUAAUGUUAACAUGUCAUUGUCUCAGUUCCUCACCGAUCCGGACCUCAUUAUGCUGAACAAAUUCCUUCCUUGUGAGUAUGCUGCCAAGAACUCUCCCGAUGAUGUGACUCACGCCGCUAAUUUCCAAGUGAAUGUGUUCCAGUGCGGCGGGAUGGCCAUCAGUUUAUGCAAUCCGCAUAAACUCCAUGAUGGGGCCUUCCUAAGUGCGUUGCUGAAGGAGUGGGCUGCAGCUGCCCGAGGUGGUGGCAGUGGCAAAGGUGGCACUGCAACUGCUGGAGACCUUAUGGCUCCGGCGGAGGUCUUCCCAGUGAAAGAUCUGUGGCUGAGAGACUUAUCGGUCGCAACCUUAGGCUGCACGUAUAAAAAGGGAAGGUGUGUCACGCAAAGGUUUCUAUUUAGUGGGCCUGCAAUAGAAGCCCUCAAGGCCCGAGGAACUGGUCCCACCAUGAAGAAACCAACUCGAGUCGAAGCAGUCUCGGGGUUCUUAUGGAAGUGUGCAAUGGCCGCCUCGAAGAGGAAGAGCAACGGUCUCAGAAGGCCUUCAGUUUUCCUUCAUUUCGUGGGUAUACACAGGAAGACUGAUCCUGCCCUAUCAGAAUUCUCCCUAGGAAACCUUCUUUGGGUGGCUGCAGCUCAGUGCAAGAACACUGAUUCAGAUUGUACCGAUGAUAUGUUGCCUUUGUUGGUGGCUGAAAUGAGGAGAGCGAUAUCUAAGAUAGAUAGUGACUUUGUCUCAGGACUAAGAAAUGACAAGAACUUAAUAAGUAGCUCUCUUGAAGAGCUUAGAGGGCUGGGGUCUGAUGGGGAGGUGGACUGCUUUGGGUGUUCAAGUUGGUGUAACUUUGGGGCUUAUAAUGUCAACUUCGGCUGGGGAAGGCCCGUAUGGGUUGGUAACAUCGGGUUUAACACGCCGAUGUUCCAAAACUUUAUUUUUUUGUUCAGUACAAGGCUCGGUAAUGGAAUAGAGGCAUGGGUUACUUUGGGUGAGGAGGUGAUGGAUCUUUUGCAGGAGGAUCCCGAGCUCAGGUCAUUCGCUACUGUGAACCCAUGUCCUCUGGCUAUGACCAGCUUAUUGUGAAUUUCAUGAUCCCACAUGAGUAAUGGUUAAUAAGACAUUUCUGAUGGGUUUAAUGUGUGUGCGCGCUUUGUUUUCUUUGUCUUUUUACGGUCAGAAAUAAAAUGUGUUUCAUGCUUUUGCUUUAAAAGCAUGUAAAUGUUCAGGUUA